CGGAAGUGAAUCCUAUCCGUCAUUGUGCGCUUGGUAGGGUUGUUCGUUUUGUCGUUUCACUGCAAAGAUGCCGGAGUUAGCGGUGGAAAACGUGGUGGUUCAUCCUCUCGUGCUGCUCAGCGUAGUUGAUCAUUUUAACAGGAUAGGAAAGGUUGGCAAUCAGAAGCGAGUGGUUGGUGUCCUCUUGGGAUCGUGGCAGAAGAAAGUUCUUGACGUCUCCAACAGCUUUGCUGUGCCAUUCGAUGAGGAUGACAGGGAUGAUUCAGUGUGGUUCCUGGACCAUGAUUACUUGGAGAAUAUGUAUGGCAUGUUCAAGAAAGUAAAUGCCAGGGAAAGAAUAGUUGGAUGGUACCACACAGGGCCAAAAUUGCAUAAAAAUGACAUUGCCAUCAAUGAGCUCAUCAAGCAGUAUUGUACAAACUCGGUGUUAGUUAUUAUAGAUGUUAAGCCCAAAGAUCUUGGUUUACCUACAGAAGCAUACAUCUCUGUAGAGGAAAUACAUGAUGAUGGCACCCCAACAUCCAAGACUUUUGAACAUGUCACAAGUGAGAUUGGAGCUGAAGAAGCUGAGGAAGUGGGAGUAGAGCACCUACUCAGAGAUAUUAAAGACACCACAGUGGGGACUCUUUCGCAACGCAUCACAAACCAGGUUCAUGGGCUAAAGGGACUCAACUCAAAGCUGUUGGACAUUCGCUCUUACCUGGAGAGAGUAGCAGCAGGCAAACUUCCCAUCAACCACCAGAUCAUCUACCAGCUGCAAGACGUUUUCAACCUGCUGCCAGAUGUAAAUCUAUUGGAGUUCACCAAAGCCUUCUAUCUGAAGACAAAUGACCAGAUGUUGGUGGUAUACCUGGCAUCGCUCAUACGCUCCGUGGUGGCUCUGCACAACCUGAUCAACAACAAGAUAUCCAACCGGGACGCAGAAAAGAAAGAAGGGCAGGAGAAGGAGGAAGGCAAGAAAGAGAAGAAGGAUGAAAAGGAUAAAAAAGAUGACAAGGACAAAGACAAAGACAAGGAGAAAGCAGAUGGAGCCAAGAAAGAUGAGAAAAAGAAGAAAUGAGUGCUCUUGCUUUAAGGUCUUCUCUCAAAUCAUGCCGUUUUCAUCUGGAUGAUGUUCUACUUUCUGCCUUCAGUCACAGCUCUGUAUGUGGGUCUCAGGCUAAAACUAGGACUCUCUCUGCAGAAUGAUGUCAUUUGAGAUUUGACCUUUUGGUCACAAGUGGCCCUCCAUAAAGACUGUUCUCCUCGUGCAGAGAUGCUUCUGUUUUAAACUAUGGAAAUAUGCUUAUUCUGUUUUCAUAGUUGCCAUGGUCCUGAUGCUUAUGACAUCUGGUUUUGCUUUUUUGUAAAAUGGAGAUCUUUUUGUUUCUUUAUCACUCAUUAAAGUUGGAUCCGAUUAAUA